UUUCCGAAGACACUAAACCAUCUCCUCAGCUAAACUCUACAGCAGACGGAUUCACUCAUGUGAGAAAGAUGAUGGCAUCAAGUGGGUGGCUGGUUUCAGUUUAUCUUAUAUGUUUCCUCCCAUCUAAUAUUCUGGCCAUUGAGAGAGUUGUAGUGAUUUAUUCAUCUCAGAACCUGUCCUCGGUUCCCAAUGACCUCAAGUCAUCAACAGAGGAUUUAGAUCUGUCCCUGAAUUACAUCAAGGUGUUGAGGAGCCAAGACUUCAGCAAAACCCCUAGACUCCAUUUCCUAAAUCUGUCCUGGAAUAUACUGGAGGAUAUAGACAGUGACACGCUUACCUUGACCCCUGCUUUGGAAAUUUUGGACUUGUCACACAACAGACUCCAAAACCUCUCCAAUCAGCUGUACUUGCUUCAUGCAGGUAAUCUGCAGUUCUUGGACCUGUCGUCCAACAUGUUUUCUGUUAUGGCACUAGGGAGGGAAUUUUCUACCCUCAAAAACCUGCAGUGGUUGGGCCUGAGUGCGCAAUCAAUCCGUAGUGAAGACUUUGCCAACAUCGCCAAUCUUACUCUCAAAACCUUCUUUAUUAAUGUUGGCGAGACAAAGACCUAUGAGGAGAGCAGUCUACUGGGUGUAAAUGCAGAUAAGGCAGUUAUUGCUCUGUCCAAAAGGAAGCUUGAUUAUGCAAUCGCUGCCAAUGCCUACGCAACAUUUCAAAAGCUGGAAUUCACUGAAGUUGACAGCGAGAUGAAGUUCCUCCAGCCGCCGUACCAGCAAGGAACCAUACGCACUGUUAACCUGGAAUUCUCCAAGGUGAUUAGCACCUGGAAAGAGUUGACAAGUUGUAUUAAUACAGUGUUGAUGUCUUCAAUUCAACAGCUUUCUUUAUCAGACAUUACCAUCACUAACAUGAUGAACGGUAAGCCUGUGUUCCAGGGAAACGGAUUAGAUUUAUUUUCAGUAAGAAAUGCGUCAGUUACUGUAUUCCUCUUCAACCAAGAGGACCUCUAUGACUUCUUAAUAAACAUAACGUCAAGGAAUCUCAGCCUUACACAAACGCCCAUUGUCCAUAUGACCUGUCCAAAGGCUGUUAGCAAGAUCGAGGCUAUAGAUUUAUCCGAUUGUGCCCUUACAGAAAACAUAUUCUCUCUCGGUCCAGAUAACGAAUGCAGUACACUGACAAACCUUGAAAUGUUGGUUCUGAGGGGCAAUAAUCUCAGAAAUCUUAGACCACUGACUUUAAGAAUUCAUCUCAUGAACUCACUGAAAUAUGUUGACUUUAGCCAGAAUACACUUACCUAUGCAGAGGAACAGGGCAGGUGUGUCUGGCCUUCCCAACUAUUCCAUGUGGAUUUAUCAUCCAAUGUGUUUGACCACAAUGUGUUUAAGUGUUUGCCAAGGUCCAUAAGAAUCCUUAACCUCCUCAAUAACCAUGUCACCACAGUACCUGCAGAUACACCUCUUUUGUACAAGUUGAGCAUUCUGGCUAACGGGAAUCGCUUAUUGGACCUUCCCACCUGUCAAACAUUCCCAAACCUGCAGAAGCUCUUGGUAAGAUCAAACUCCAUCCACUCACCUUUACCAGGAGUCCUGAAGACUUGUCCACAACUUCAAGCUCUGGAUGCAAGUCACAACCCCUUCAUCUGCACUUGUGCUUUGCGUGAAUUCUCAGGCCUCAUCAAUGCCAAAGCUACGCAGCAUGGAAGAGGGAAUCCUGGCCUGAUUCUAGGGCACUGGCCGGACAGCUACCUAUGCAGUUAUCCAGAAUCCUGGAGAAAUACCACUUUAAAAGACUUCUACCUCCCAGAGAUCUCUUGCAAUGCCUGGAUUCUGGCCAUUACUAUUUUGAUCCCAACUAUCACUUUGGUAAUUGUUGUCUGCCUUCUUUGCCAUCAGUUGGAUGCCCCGUGGUACCUCAAGAUGAUAUGGAAAUGGACCCGAGCCAAGCACCAUGCAAUAACAUCUCAAGAAAGAGCAGAGGACAUGGAAGGGGUGUGCUUCCAUGGUUUCGUAUCAUACAGCCAGAAGAAUGCUGAGUGGGUAAAGGGUCAACUAUUGCCCAAACUUGAGGGCGAGGACCCGACCACAAUCCACAAUGGGUUGCGACUGUGCCACCAUGAACGGGACUUCAUCCCGGGUAAGACAAUCGUCCAGAACAUUCUGCGUUGCAUUGAGCAGAGUAGAAGAUGUGUCUUCGUGCUGUCAUCUCAAUUCGUCCAGAGUGAAUGGUGCCAUUACGAGCUCUAUUUCGCCAAUCACCAGAGGGUAACUCGAGGGUUGGACAGCAUCAUUCUUAUUCUGCUGGAACCUCUGCCAGUAUAUCUUAUUCCCUCCAAGUACCACCAGCUCAAGGCCAUGAUGUCCAGACGUACAUACCUAGAGUGGCCACAGGAAGGCACCAAACAGAAACUGUUUUGGGCAAACCUCAGAGCAGUUCUGCAGGCCGACCUUCCCAUACCACCAGAGACAGAAGUGGAGUGAGGAAAGAGAAAGAUAGAAACAGGGUUCCCAAGGAUCUUUUUGUUUUUGUUUGUUUGUUUUUUUUAUUGAAGGAAGAACAGAGUGACGUAUCACAUACAGAAAAAGUUAACAAUGCUCCUUGUUUUUACAAUAUCCCCCUUUUCCACAACCCACCCAGUGAACAAAGA